UGUGAUCUCCAGAGGGCAGGGGUUUGAGAGACGGGUCUGUUUCGUACGUGAAGGGAAUCACUUUAAAUUUUCCAACAGCUUGGAAAUCUCGAUGAGAUUUUCACGCUGAUUGAAAUGCAGUCUUGUGACCGAGACGUUGCAGUGCAGGUAGAGUGGCUACGCUGCCAGAAUUGAAGGGGGGAGUUUGUCGGUGGUUGAAUGGUACUAUGGGGUGUCGGUAAACAGCGCAUUGCUGUGGAAACCUGUGCAAGCUGGGGCUGGGGGGAGUUGGCAAUUGGAGCUUCACUUUCCAUGAUUUGAUUCAGACCCGAGCAGAUGCGUGCAAUUUUGGGGAUGCAGGACAUGUCGAUAGCUCAACAGCCAACUCGCGGACGUGUUUAUUGCAAGUAAUCUUUCUGGCAACGGUUUGUACAUUCGCACUGUUCGUUUAGUGGGACGAAGAAACCGAAUUUACCAAGUUAUCGAGGUAAAGUUGAAUUGUGAGCCUGCUGUGGACGCCGGAACUGAUUUGAGAAGACAGGAGCUCCUCCAUUCUUCUCCCUAACACAGGAGGAUAUUGCAGGGAACUGGUGGAACCCAUAGAGCAAUAUGACUACACUUGCUGAAACAAAAGCUGUUCUUUGCAGUGCUGAUGCAGUCUGUUUCGAUGUUGACAGUACAGUCAUUAAAGAAGAAGGAAUUGAUGAACUAGCAACAUUCUGCGGUGUCGGCAAUGAAGUAGCAGAAAUAACUGGAAAUGCAAUGAGAGGGACUGUCUCAUUUAAGAAGGCUCUAACAGAGCGUCUAUCUAUAAUACAACCUUCACGAGAGCAAGUGAACAAGCUCCUAACUGAUCACCCCCCAUGCUUAACGGAGGGCAUAAAGGAACUGGUUGGUCAACUUCAACAACGUGGUGUUGAAGUUUUCUUGAUAUCUGGUGGUUUCAGGAGCCUAGUGGACCGUCUAGCAACAGAGAUAAAUGUUCCCUUAGCCAAUGUUUAUGCAAACAAGCUGAAGUUUUACUUCAAUGGUGAUUAUGCUGGUUUCGAUGAAACCCAACCAACAGCAGAAUCUGGUGGGAAAGGCCGAAUCAUAGCUCGUCUAAAAGAAGAAAGAGGCUUUAAGAAGGUUGUUAUGAUUGGAGAUGGAGCCACAGACCUGGAAGCAUGGCCUCCUGCAGAUGCAUUUAUCGGAUUUGGUGGGAAUGUUGUCCGACAGCAAGUAAAAGAGAAAGCCAAGUGGUUUGUCACAAGUUUUAAAGAAAUUAUUGAAGAACUGGAAAAGUGACUUGUAAAAAUUUUGUUGACGUUUGUAAUUUAAGAUCAACGUGAAGAGAUUCUUUAGUUUUUAAUGAUUUUUAACUCUUAACUUCCCUUCUUGAUCUUUCAGAUAACUUCUGGCUUCUACACAGUCUGUAGCUGGGUUCAAGAUUUGAGUGCAAUUGCCAACGUCACAAGCUGGGUCUCAAUUUUUGUUCUCUCCCUCCUGUAGGGUGAUUCCAACCUAAUGCCUUGCAGUGAAAUUGUAUGUUUGAAAGAAUUGAGUCAUGCUCAGCAUUUGAAACACAAACCCAUGAUCAAUAUGGUGUCAAGAAAUUUUUGUCUUUUCAAAAAUGUAUUGGCUCUUUAGAUUCAUCUCUUUUUUUCUAAGUUGUUCACUUGACUGAUUCCUCAGAUCAAGGCGUCAUCUUGGGAUGAAAGGUUGAGUAAGUUGGCUCUAUAUCCAAUGAAGUUUGGAAUAACAAGAGAUGAUCUUUAUUGAAACAUAGGCGAUCCUAAUGCGACAUGACUGAUGGGAUGUUUUCCCACUGUGAGGGAGUCUAGAACCAAGGGAGACAGUUUAAAAAUUAGGUGUCUCAUUUAAGACUGAAAUAAGAUGAAUGUUUUAUCUCUGAGGGUCAAUGUUUUCUGCAGUUAUUUUCCCGAGGAGCAAUGGAGGCUGCGUCAUUGAAUUUAUUCAACAUAAAUGGAGUAAGGGACAGGCCAUUAUGGCCCCUUAAGCUUCCUCCACCAUUUAAUAAAAUAAUGGCUGAUCUGAUCAUAACCUCAAAUCCACAUUCCUGCCAAACCUGAUCACCUUUCACCCCAUUGUUUAUCAGAAAUGUUUCUAUCUUUGUCUUUAAAAUAUGCAAAGACGCUGCUUCCACUGCCUUUUCAGGAAGAGAGUUUCAAAGACUUGUACCCUGUGGGGGUGGUGGGGGGGGGAGGGGAAGAAAUCACAUAAUUUUUGUUCUAAUUGAGUGACCUUUUCUUUUUUAAACAAUAACCCCUAGUUCUAGACUCUGUUCCUCUCAUUGGCGAUCCUGUCGACAUCUACACUGCCAAGAUCCUUUCAUGGUCUUGUGUUGCAGUCUAAUGUGCUGCUGUUGGAGAACCCACUGAUGACGUCACAUCCGCCACUGCCGGGUACCCCACUUCCGCGACAGCGAGCGCCAUCGCUGCUGAUGCCACCGCCUCCAUUUCCGAGACCAACACAAUAGACACUGAAGACGUGCCUACCGUCGCCGCUGCCUGCCCGGCUCCGCCCACUGCCCACAGCUGACGCAACCCCGUCCACAGCCGACGCUGACAUCGCUCCGCCCACCACCCCCAAAGCUAGCAGCUCCAGAGGAGACAAUAGCACCCAGCCCUGCCGAGUCUUCACCAUCCCCCCAGACCUUCCCCCUUAC